AUGAGUGGAAUGUUUGAAAUGGUUGGUAAAAUGAUUGCCCACUCACUUGUGCAAGGAGGCCCUGGAUUUCCAUGUUUGGCACUGCCCUGUUUUUAUUACCUUGUGACUGGAGAUGUCAUGUGUGCAUUAACGUACUGUGAUGUUUGGGAUAUUCCAUAUCCAAUUUCCAGGAAUAUAGUCUUGCAGGUAAAUGCUCAGUAUGUUUUGAGUUUAUUUUAAAGCAAAGCAAAGAUGUACUUUAAAACCAGAGUAAAUCCAGUAAGUGUACACUGCACCUCUUGGACACCCCAUUAAACCAUCCACUGUUUAACAUGCUACAGCAACCAGUAAUAUUGGGUAAGCCUCCCAUUAGUAGAAAAUUUAUGUAACAAGUUUUUUUUGAAAUAGUGGUUGUGGUCUAGGAGUUUUUGUACCUGAUAUAUUUAAUGUGGAAAAAUGUGAAGGUGCAUUGGUCCACAAUCAAGAUACCCUGAGCAUUGAAAUGCACAUGCGUGCAAAAAAUGUUUCUCAUGAAGAUUUCCUGGAAAGGCUUGCUGAAAGGUGUAAAAGGGCCUACCUUUAACCUAUACCUACUAUUCAAAUAAUAAAACUUCUCCACCAGUACAUGUACAUUUCUAGUCAUGUGUAAUAAUUAUUUUUAUUUCUGCAAAUUUAUGUAAAGCUAAUGGAUGUCACUGGUGAUGAUGAACUGGGAGAGCUAGCCAAGAAUGGUGAACUAAUUAAUCUGUUGGCUAAUUGUGGAGAGACAAGUGUUCUGCAGGUAGAACUUACUUUUUGUUUAAGAUAUUUGUUCUGUCAUUCAUGUCACCCCUGGCAUUGGAAAAACUUUAUUAUUCAUUCUUGAGAUUGUGAAAUAGCAAAAGCUAUGCAGGAAUUUCCAUAUGUCCUGUUACACAUGCUCAGAGAUUACACCACUGUCUUGAGCCUGAUGGGAACUGUUUACAGGAUGGUUAUACAGUAGCUCUAAUAUAUCAGAAAAUUUUCUGAGAUGGUGUAUGCAUGACAAUUAUAUACCAUUUUGUGAUUAUAUUGGGACCAGAGAUGGUCAUUCUUUUCUCUCAAGUAAGACACCUCAUUUAACAGUAAUACACAUUCAGAAGAUUUAUAUGGCUACCUACUAAAGUUGCUAACAAUUUUAUUCAGUUGAUUGAUUUGAAUCCAUUUAAGUGCCAGCCUAUUUGUUUGCUACAAUUUAAGAGAAUUGUGUUGCAUUCUGUUUGGACAUUACUGUUAACAUCAUAUUUUAUUUCAGAUGUCUACCAAAGGGAAAAUAAUCCAAUCAGUAGUCAUGUACGUGGUCAUUUCAAAACGUAAAAUGGCAUUAGAUCAGUUGAGAAAAGGAUUGAAUACCCUUGGGGUGCUUGAUGAGAUGUCAAAGCACCCACUUCUGUUUGAGGGUGUGUUCACCUUUAAACCUGUUGAGCUGACACCAGCAAUAGUUAAAGAGCGUCUCAAAUAUCCAGAUGAAUUAAGUGACCAAGCACAGGAAACCAAGAAGAUGAUGAAUAGAUUUGUUGACCAGUCAUCAAGUGCCAGGUUGAUGCAAUUAAUGCAGUACUGCACUGGAAGUAAGAUGAUGCCUUCUUACAUCUCUUCAUCAACAUGCACCUUUACAUUGUUAAUACCUUAUUUACAGUGGUAA